AUGGCAAACAAAUUAUUGGUAGCCUUGGCUGUUAUGUGCAUUUUUGGAGCUGCUGUCGUUCGUGGAGAAUUCGAUAAGGCACAAGCCAUUGAAAAGCUUAAAACUAAAGCCGAAGAAUGUAAAAGUGAAGUUGGUGCCACUGAUGUCGAUAUAGAAGAAUUGGUGGGAAGGAAACCAGCCUCAACUAUGGAAGGGAAAUGCUUGCGUGCUUGCUUAAUGAAGAAGUUCGAAGUGAUGGACGCCUCUGGAAAAUUUGCCACAGAAGUUGCUUUAAAACAUGCCGAAAAAGUAACCGAUGGCAAUGCUGAUAAAAUGAAAGUGGCUUCGGAAAUUAUCAAUGCUUGCGCCAACAUUGAAGUCUCGUCGGAUCCUUGUCAAGCAGCUGAAGAUUAUGGCAAAUGUUUUAAACAACAGGCUAAUGCUCAUGGAAUUAAUGAACAUUAUGAAUAUUAA